AUGGCAAGCUUCUCUCCACCAUUGCAGGGCAUACGGGUGGUCGAGCUCGCUGGUUUAGCCCCUGGUCCAUUUGCGGGUCUGAUGCUCAGCGACUAUGGCGCCUCUGUUGUUCGAAUCGAUCGACCGCAUCCCAAUGCUCAUUCGCAAUCAAAGCCCCUCCCGCCUCCUACAUUCGACGCACUCACACGACACAAAACAUCCAUCAGUCUCGAUCUCAAGAACCCUGCUUCAAAGGCCGUUUUGCUCUCCUUACUAUCAAAAGCCGAUGUCCUGAUCGAUCCUUACCGCCCUGGCGUCCUGGAGAAGCUAGGACUAUGUCCCACCACUGUGCUACUGAAGCAUAACCCCCGCCUUAUCAUUGCGCGCAUGACUGGCUUUCGACGCGAUGGGAAGUACAAGGACAUGGCAGGUCAUGAUAUAAACUAUAUAGCUGUUUCAGGAGCUCUAUCCCUCCUAGGCCGAGCAGGGGAGAAGCCGUAUGCACCUGGAAACAUUCUCGGAGAUUUCGCUGGCGGCGGCGCAGUUUGUUUCCAGGGGAUAUUACUUGCGCUUCUUGCCCGCCAAACCACAGGAAGGGGACAGGUGGUCAAUGCCAACAUGGUCGAUGGGUCAGCUUACUUGGCUACAUUCCCCCGCUUGGCGAGGCAGACUCCAAUGUGGGAUGGGUCGAGAGGGAGUAAUGUUCUCGACGGCGGGUGUCCGUACUACGACACGUACGAGACCAAGGAUAAAGGGAGGUAUUUUGCCGUGGGAGCGCUGGAGCCACAGUUCUAUUCUGCGCUGCUGGAUGGGCUGGGUCUAAGGGAGGAAGAGGUGUUUCCUGUUGGUUCGAGUAUGGCGAGGGAAGAUAAGGAGAAUUGGCCGUUCAUGCGAGCUGUGUUUGAGAAGAGGUUCAAGCAAAAGACCCGUAGCGAAUGGGAGGCUAUAUUUGACGGGACAGAUGCCUGUGCUACACCUGUGCUUACCAUGGAUGAGCUUGAAGAGGCAGGGUAUGACCAGAGGCCUGUUGUAGGGUUGUCGGACACGCCUGGGCUAGCCAUCGAGCCUGAUGACGGUGGAUGGAGCGGGGGCGGUAUUCAUCCUGGCUCUGGGGGCGAGGAGACAUUGAGAAACUGGCUUGGAUGGCAGGCUGGACGGGACUAUCAAGUGCACAACGGAGCCCUUGUUAAAGUUAAGGUUGUUGCCCGGACGAAGCUCUGA